GUAUGCCCUUGCGUAUACGACCACCUCCACAAGUAGAUCUAGAAGGCUAACAUAAGUUCGAAUGUUUUAUUUCUUUUAAUUGUUUCUUAUAUCUAUUGUGUACUCAAAAACAAUGAGUAAGUUUUUAUAAGCAUUUGCCUAUCCCGCGUCGUUGGGCUUGUCUUAGGUAUUGUCCAACGCAUGUGUCACAUUGUUGGCCCGGUUGAUAAAUUUGUACCUUAGUUAGUAGACCUACUGAGUCUAGAUCUAAGUCUUUUGACAAAAUGUAAUGUAGGUCAGGCAUGGUUGGCCGAGUCGAUUACGGAAACGAGCACUUGAAAUAAUUUAAGUGCAAUCGAAUUGAAUUUGAUGCUACCGUAUCCUCUAGAUUUUCAUCAUUUAACUGUCUAAAGUUCUAAAGUCUAAGUCUAGAUCUAUCUAGACUAUUUUAGUUGGUAAAGUAUUAGUCUAGAUAAUGAGAUCUAGAUUCUAAUUAUUAAUUAAAUGAUACUUAUCUAGAUCUAGUCUAGUCUAUCUCAUCUCGACUGGAGAAGUGAACUUGUGGAGCAGUCUAGACUGUCACUGUACUACUGUAGACGUAGAGUCUAAGACUAAGAGUGUCGUAGAGUGUAGACUAGUGGUACGGUGUAGAGUACUGUAGAGGAGACUCGAUCAGAGAGAGAGAGAGAGAGGUAGGCCUACACAGUUACAGUACUAAAUCUAGAUCUAGAAUAGACAUAAAUUGAUCUAGAAUCUAGACGUCUAGAUAUAAUCUAGUAGAGUCUAACAGGCCCUAACAGAAACACACUACAGUCAAGUCAGGAACAGCACAGAGUGUACUGAGUCAGUGAGUGUGUGUCCCGUGGGUCAGGUGUUUCACAGUUAUGAUGCAUCAGACAUUGUUAGUGUUUUUUUUCUGCCUCUUUAUAGCUGGAAUUCAAACGCAAUUUGCAGAUGAUGAGAAUCCUUGUACACUGGCUGAAUCAUGUGGUGCAUGUAUUAGAACCUCCAAUAAAUGUGCUUGGUGUGGUGCAGAGAACUUUGACAAAAGUGCCCACCACUGUGAUCUGCUGACUACUCAAAAGAGGAGAUGUGAAGAGAGGUACAUAACCUAUCCCCAGUCAGAAUUUAAAGUGGACAAACAAGAGAGCUGGACAAGUGGAGACAAUCUCAAACCACCAGUUCAAGUAACACCUCAACAGAUUACUUGGAAAAUUCGGCCAAAUGAUCUCAGAUAUUUCACCUUAGACUUUAAACAACAAGACAACUACCCUGUUGACUUAUAUUUUUUAUUGGAUCUGAGUUUUGGUGUUAGCAAAGCAGAAACCAGACCUAGGCUCAUCUCCUUGGGGGAAGAAAUACCUAAAAAAAUGAAAGGCAUAACCAACAACUUUAGACUUGGGUUUGGUACAUUUGUGGACAAGAAGCUGAUGCCUUACAUUGCAUGGACACCUGAAAUACAAGAAGACAGAUGCCAGAAUCCCCCAUGUUCUGAUCCACAUGAUUUUAAAAACCAGCUAAACAUAAGUGAUUCUCAGACUGAGUUUGCAACCCAAAUGAAAAAUGCAUUGCAGACCUUGUCACUCAAUUUUGAUGAUGCUGAGGGUGGAAUAGAUGGUCUAAUACAAGCUUUAGAUUGUGAUUCCAUAGGGUGGAGAAACAUAUCCAGAAGGAUUAUUGUGUAUUGCUCAAACUCUAUUUUUCAUUUGGCUGGCGAUGGAAAAUUUGGUGGAGCUACAAGGCAAAGCAAUUUGAAAUGUGCUUUAAAGAAUAAUGAAUAUGAAUAUGAAAAAAUUUAUGAUUAUCCAUCAGUCAGUCAGCUUGCCAGUAAAUUGAGGGAGAAAAAAGCCAAUGUCAUAUUUGCAGUGAUGGACAACGUCUAUAAACAUUAUACUAAACUGGCUCAUCUGCUGGAUGGAGCUGUGGUAGGAGUAUUGCAAAAUCAAUCAGAAAAUAUUGUGCAACUCAUCAAUGAUAAAUAUUAUGAACUCAGGUCACGUAUCAAGUUUGAGCCACGUAAUAGUGACUUUGUUGAUAUCAAAUUUUACUCUAGUUGUAAGGACAAAAGUAUCGAAAGAGAAACCUCCGUGUGUGACAAUCUGGAGAUAGGAGAUGUUGUUAAGUUCAAUGUCUCCAUAACAGUCAACAGUGACAUCUGUCAAGGAAACACUGGUGGUGAAGUUGACAAGGACGUAAUCAUUGAUGCCGUGGGCUUGAAUGAGCAGAUGUUGAUUCAACUCAAAGUCAUCUGUGAAUGUGAGUGUGAGCGAGCUGAACAUGAGAUACAAAAAAGUGACAAGUGUUUUGCAGGAAAUGGAACUUUUGAAUGUGGUGUAUGCAACUGUAAUGAAGGUCGCUAUGGGCGUAAAUGUGAGUGUGAUGAGUCAGAAAUCUCCAGUGCUGACUCCCUGAAACAGUGCAUAAAUCCAGAAAAAAAUGAUACUGGAGUAUGCUCUAGCUAUGGAGACUGUAUUUGUGGUCAAUGUGAUUGUUUUCACUUGAGCUUUGAUACAGCACAUAGGUAUUCUGGGCAAUAUUGUGAGUGCAACGAUUAUAACUGCCCUUAUGGACCUGAUGGGAUCUGUGGAGGCAAAUCCAAAGGAUCCUGUAUGUGUGGGAAGUGUGUAUGUGACAGCAGCUGGUCUGGGGAAAACUGUGAAUGUUCAAAGGAUACAAAAAGUUGCUUGGCCUCCAAUGGGAAAGUGUGCAAUGGGUUUGGAGACUGCUUAUGUGGUAAAUGCCAAUGUGAAAGAAACUCAGGUAUGGUGGGGCCAACUUGUGAGGAUUGUCCAAAUUGUCCAAGUCGAUGCAGUCAAUAUAUUGAUUGUGCUCAAUGCAAAGCUCACAGUUCUGGAAAGUUUAAUCGCUUUGAAUGCGAUAAAAGUUGUCAAAACGUCACUCUAGUGGAUUCACUUAAAUCUGGUAAAGGUAUAAAAGAGUGUGAUGGCAUUGAUGUUGAUGGCUGUACAUUCUUCUUUACUUAUGAAUACACACCAUCAAAUGAUGUUUUAAUAGAAGCACAGAAAACUAAGGAUUGUCCUGCAGCGGCCAAUGUAGCAGCCAUAGUUGGUGGAACAGUAGCUGCUGUAGUUCUCAUUCCACUCCUCAUUAUCUGUCUGAUCAUUUUGAUUAGAAAUCGUCGUGAUGCCAAAGAAUAUGCUGACUUCAUGAAAGAAAGAGAUAGAGCCAAAUGGGAAUCUGGAGCUAACCCUAUUUAUAAGGAUCCCAAGAGCACUUUCAAAAAUCCAACCUAUGGAGGAGAGAAAUAACUUGAAAGUUUUUUUUUAUUAAGGGCAAUUUUGAGCAUAGUUUCAACACUGACUGCUUUUAAUAUCUCCACUGAAGUUGAUAUCUUAAGAAUUUACAUUUGCAAGAUUUUUUACUGCUUUAUUAGUGACAGCUAUUUUGUUAAUUUGAGCGUAACCAAACAAUUCUAGGUCAAGUUUUUCAAUAUUUAAGCAUUAUGUAAUGGUCCACUGUAUUACUUACAAGCACAAACCAUGUGACUCAUUUUGUCUUACAAGUUACAAAGUAACAAAGUUAGAAUUUGUACACCUUUGUCAAUGAGCUCAUAUACAACAACUAGUGGUUUGAGUUUUAACACACAACUACUGUUUUAGUCUCUAUUUUUGUUAUUGUAGUAGUAUAACUUGGUGCUUUUUAAGUCUAAAGAUUCUCUUUGUCUAGGUUGUGAUAUGGAAUCUUUUGUAAGAAAGGAUAUGUUGAAACUAUGGAUGGAAUACAUGUUUUAGUUUCCUUGGUGAGCUAGAUGUUGGUUACAAUGAUAGUGUCUACUUACAUUAUUUUGUAUUCAUUUAGCCUGUUAUUUUUAAUUAUUAAUUAUUUUUGUUAUAUGCAGUGUUAAAAACCGGUACCUAAAAAUCAUUUCUAGUACUGGUUAUAUUUUUGUUUUGUAAAUUAAACUAAGUCUUGUUUUAAGACCCUUUGAAACUUAGGAUUCAACAGCCAGCUCUUCAUAUAUUCAAUCUUCUUAAUGUUGGGGGACUGUCAACUACUAGAGAAUCUUUUCAUUGCAUUAGAGGACACUGCAACAAGUGAAUAGUUAAGUAGAAUUAUUGCAGCUACUCAUUAAUGGAUAGUUACCUAAUCCAAAUUAUAUAAUCUGUGUUUGGUAGUUAACUUGGCCACACUCUUGAAAUGUUCUCAGUUAAGGGACUGUAGUUCCCUUACAAAUUCAGAAAGUACUUGCUUUACUUAAAACUGGACAUUUUCACUUCUUCCUUUAGUCAACAAUAGGCUAUAGACAUGUCUUAAUGGAAGCGUUCUUCAAUUGGCAGGCAUUGGCCAUAGUGCAAAAAUACCCAGCUUUUAUUAUUACCUUUAAGGCAGUUGCAUAUUACCAUUCAAUCAAAUCAAGGACCACCACAAUUUCUACUCUGUUGGCUUAAACCAAACAUUUAGAAUGCAGCAGUGAUUGGCCUUAUUUGUGUAACAAAUAUAGCAGGUAGCUUGUAUGUCUUACCAAUGAAUAAUUGACUUUGAUAGCAAAUGGCUUCUUGGAGGAUGUUGUGGUCUUCUUAAGUACAUAUUGCCAUCAGUGUAGUUACUUGCUAGAAUCUAUCUUUACAUGGUGGCUGCAGCAUUUCAGUUGUCAAAUCAAUGAAAAUUAAGUGUUUUUUUUUUGUAAAAAUUACUUUUUCAAUUAUCUAAAUCACAAGUGUACCACAACGACUAUUUGACAAUACAGUGCUCUAAUAGGAUGUAUACAUUGAAAAUUAAUAUAUUUUACAGUAAAACAAAUACUGUAAGCAUCAUCAAACAAAGGUUCGAUACUCAAAGCAUUUGAAGAUAGACUUCAGCGUUCAGAAUGUUUCUGUAAACCACCUUUUUUUUUUUAAGGAUCUAAAAGUAGAAAAUAUUGUGUACAUGAGCUAGACCUAUAAUUGUGUGCCAUAUGACUGCUGCUAUAAGUCAAUUCAUGAAAAACAUAGUAUUUAUAUACCAGUAAAUGUUUUAUUGGAGAUUUCAUCAAUUGAAUAAUGGCAAAGACACUGAGUUUGAAUUUGAACAUCUCAAUGUGUGGCAGUCAAGCUUAGUAUCAUAUUACUGCUAGUUAGUUGCAAGUCUUGUCAUAAGUUAAUGUAGUAAGCUUCCUCCAUAAAAAAAUCAUUCUUAUGUUUUGUACACCAGAUACACCAAAUAAUUGCUAAUUAAAUAAAUUAUAGCUUUUAUAUAGAGCUACUUUCAUGCUUAUAGCAUGUUCAGAGCGCUAUGGCACAAACUCAUUUGUGGGAGGGGGGUGAGAAGGGUUUUCGGUGCUGCCUUUACUCAGUAAACACAACUCUGCUCAGUCUCUUUCAUAGGUGGCAAAGUGUACGGCUCAGUCCCCUUCAUAGGUGGCAAAGUGUACUUAGCCUAUCGGUCAUGCAUCCCAGAUUUUCCACCAUUUAUAUGAAUAAAAGCCUAUCAGUCAUGCAUCCCAGAUUUUCCACCAUUUAUAUGAAUAUCUCCAUAGAUGUGUUUCUCAUAGAUGUAAGGGUAGAUUUGUCCUGUGCGCAGGUAACCCUUAUUUGAGUGUUAAGUGUAUUUUUUUGCACCCUGCUAGCAUUAAUACUGCUUUGAAGGUCGCUUUGAACCUUCCAAGGCAGUGUCAUUGAUGAGCUGCACAAUAUGGUUGACAAAAAUUACUCUGCCAAUCUUUUUCUUUGUACCUUCAAAUUACAAAUCCAUGGAUGGGUAAAAAAAUUGUUAGAUAGUUUGGUUUACUUUAAAUAGUGCCUUUAAUUGGUCAAAAUUCCUUUAAGAAGCAAUGCAUAUGGGGUUUCUUAAGCACUACUGUAUAUUUUAAAUAUUAUAUACAUAACAUAUACUAUGUUAAAUAUUAACAUUUUCAUACAUGUUUACUAUAUUUUCAACUAUUAAGCAUUAAUUCCAACAUGUUGGAUUAUUUGUGAUACUCUUUUAAAGUUUUGCUCUCUACAUGUGUGUGUAUUCAUUUUGUGCUUGAGAAUCAGGAAUAUAUAACCAUAUGGUUUCCAAUGCCAUAUUGCAUGUAUAUUUGGUGCUAUUUUGUUACAACUAUUAGUUUGUGUUGUGAUACUAUCAUUAAAAAAGCAUUAAUAGGCAUAGA